AUGAUUAGUGAAACUAGUAAAGUUAGUGAAACUAGUGAAGUUGGUGAAACUAGUGAAGUUGGUAAAACCGAUGAAGUUGGUGAAAUUGGUGAAGUUUGUAAAAUUGUUGGUAAAACUGGUAAAGUUGGUAAAACUGGUGAAGUUAGUAAAACUGGUAAAGUUGGUGAAACUGGUGAUAUUGGUGAAGCCAAUGAUAUUGGUAAAGCCAGUGAUGUUGGUGAAGCUAGUGAUGUUGGUAAAACUGGUAAUAUUGGUAAAACUGAUAAUAUUGGUAAAACCAAUAAUUAA